AUGUUUGGAAACACGGAUCGAUCACAAAUUGUUUACGGAGCGAAAGCGGUAGAACGCGGAAGUAGUUCGUACGCGGCGUCGAAGGCGGUCGACUGGCUCGCGGCUGAUGUGAGACUCCGUACAAGCGUUUCUCCAUCGGAGGUGUCGCGAGGAGAAAGUCUCGGCCGUGGUGCGCUCGCGUCGGUGCCGUGGAGGGGACGUGACGUAGCCGCAAAAUCAACAAACACCCAUAUAUCCUCAAUACAAUUACAUGAUCAUCAUCAGACCGCAUCC